UCGUUAAAAGACAAAAAGAAAAACAAAGCACUCAGAAGUGAGAUCUCUUCUGGCGAAGGCUCAUGCUCUUUUGUUUUUGGUUUAAACUAUGUUGUCCAUUAAAGUAUAAAAGCCCUGAGAACUUACCCAUGCACCCUCCAAGAAGAAAAAAUAAAGUUUCUUUCUUUUCGCCAUUUUUGGUUUCCUUUUAUGAACCCAAGAAAAUUAUAUUUACAGGGGAACCACUGAGAAACAAAGAGAGAGUUUUGGGUUUCACAUUUUGGGUUCUGCUACUUUACAUCUGCAGUGGCUAUGUAAUCCUCGAAUCUGCCCUGUUUUGCGUGUAGAAUGAGAUCCAAGCAAGAUGUGGUGAAAAAAGUUUUCUUUUGGGCUCUCUGAUCUUGAAAAUUAAGGCAGGAAGGAAGGGUAAGGGCCUCAAGGGUUUGAGGAAAAAGUUACGGUUUUUGGUCAGAAGAUACUGGAGAGAGUGAGUAAUCUUCAGAGGAGUGAGAAGCGUUGUUGAGGAUUUAUUACUCUCUUCAGAAAAUUUUCCUUUGAUUGCAAGUAGAAGAGUAAAAAUAGUUAUAGAGGUACUUUGAUAGACAUUAAUGUACUGAGAAGAAGCCAGUUCAUUUCUUGUGAGGUUUACCUAAGAAGGCAACUGACACUGGGGGGUUCCAAGCAAGAUCCGCUUGCUUAUAUUACUCCAACUCCAUCUUGUAAUACCCAAUAAGAGAGGGUAUUGAAGUUGAAUUUUUUUUGUCUUCUGAUUUUGAAAAAUUGAAAGUUUUCUUCACAGACCCUUUUGUGGUUUAUACAUUUGUGACUAGCUGGCGGUGAAUUUGAGCUUAAAUGUUAGAAAUGCAGAGUACCCAUCUUUUUUAUUUUCCUUGUGAAUGUCAUUGGUGUGGUUAGAGAUCAGAACAUUAGGACUUUCUGUUGAUAUUAUGCAGGUGUGGUUGGUAUAGUUUUGGUGUGCUGUUGUAAACUUGGUUCUGUUUAACAUUUAAGGGGCAUUAUUUUUGAUCGUACCCUUUAUGAAGUUCUAUGUGCUAGCCUUAGCCAAAAAUAUUUGAGUAGGAGAAUAAUUCAGAAUGGAGGAAGAUACACAAGAAAUGCGAUCUUUGGCCUUGACUCCAACAUGGUCUGUUGCUACUGUUUUGACAAUUUUUGUUGCUGUUUCUCUGCUUGUGGAGCGCUCUAUCCAUCGAUUAAGUUAUUGGUUGCGGAAAACUAAUCGUAAACCCUUGCUUGAAGCUGUGGAGAAAAUGAAGGAAGAGUUGAUGCUGCUUGGGUUUAUCUCUCUUCUUUUGACGGCUACCUCAAGCAUGAUAGCCAAUAUUUGCAUUCCAUCAAAGUUCUACAAUAGCAGUUUUUCUCCAUGCUCGAGGUCUGAAAUUGAUGAAGAAAUUGAAAAUAAUUCGUCCCAGGAACGGAAGCUGUUGAUGUUUUCUGUCCUGCCGCAUUCAUUUAGGAGAAUGUUAAAUGGCUUGAAUCAUAAUUCCUGCAAAGAGGGCUAUGAGCCAUUUGUUUCAUAUCAAGGUCUUGAGCAGUUGCACCGCUUCAUCUUUGUCAUGGCAAUAACACAUAUAUCCUACAGUUGCUUAACGAUGUUGUUGGCAAUAGUGAAGAUUCACAGCUGGAGAGCAUGGGAGGAUGAGGCUCACAUGGACCGGCAUGAUUCAUUGACUGAAAUCACACGCCAGUUGACAAUGCGAAGGCAGUCUAGCUUUGUAAAUCCAUCAAAUCCUGUGGUCAGGAAUAACUUCUUCAUGUGGGUGACAUGUUUUUUCCGGCAAUUUGGGCGUUCAGUGGUUCGUGCUGACUACUUAACACUCCGCAAGGGUUUCAUCAUGAAUCACAACCUUUCACCAAAAUAUGAUUUUCACAGCUAUAUGAUUCGGUCUAUGGAAGAGGAAUUCCAAAGGAUUGUUGGUGUGAGUGGCCCACUCUGGGGAUUUGUUGUUGCUUUCAUGCUGUUUAAUAUAAAAGGGUCUAAUCUCUAUUUCUGGAUUGCAAUCAUCCCAAUUGCUUUAGUUCUUCUUGUGGGAAUGAAGCUGCAGCAUGUUAUUGCAACCCUGGCAUUAGAGAAUGCUGGUAUAACUGGAUCCUACCCAGGAGCAAAGUUGAGGCCUCGGGAUGAUCUUUUCUGGUUCAAGAAGCCUGAACUUUUGUUAUCCUUGAUCCAUUUUAGUUUGUUCCAGAAUGCAUUUGAAUUGGCUUCCUUCUUUUGGUUUUGGUGGCAAUUUGGGUAUAAUUCUUGCUUUAUCCGAAAUCAUUUGCUCGUCUAUUUAAGGCUGAUUGUAGGGUUUGCUGGGCAGUUCCUGUGCAGCUACAGCACCUUGCCGCUGUAUGCCUUGGUUACUCAGAUGGGAACAAAUUAUAAGGCGGCACUAAUUCCACAAAGGAUAAGAGAAACAAUUCAUGGGUGGGGAAAGGCAGCUAGGAGGAAAAGAAGGCUAGGCAUAUACAAUGAUGAGUCAACGAUACACACAGACACAAGCACAGUAAUGUCACUUGAGGAAGAUGAUCAUCCAAUGCUCGAUAAUCCUGCAAUUGAUGCUAAUAAUAUACACAAUGGAAUUGAGUUGCAACCAGUUUCUAGUUCUAUGACCAGUCCUUGCCUAGCUGCUAAUGAAAACUCAAGUAGGGUGGGCACACCCCUUCUUCGACCAUCGGCUUCUGUUUCUGUUUCUUCACCAGUUACAUUGACUAUUCAUACAGAGAGUAUUCCAAGAUCCGCUUCAAUGCCAAGCAGAAGGUAAUGAAGCAAUGACUACAAUCAUGAUGAAGAAAGGCAUGUGACAAUGAAUUUGGGAUCAAAUGGAAUAAGAAAAUAUUAGAAAAGGGAAUUGUGUAGAUUUUGCUUCCCUCUGUAUGCAAUCUGAAAAA